AUGCAAAUAUCAAAUUUUUUGUCUUUUCUUUUAGAUGAUGAUGAUGAUUACUAUGGUAGUGAAUAUUCUGAUGAUGAUGAUUCGAGCUGGAAAGUUCGUCGUGCAUCGGCGAAAUGUAUAGAAGUUCUGAUCCUUUCUCGCCGUGAGGAUCUUCUCGAUUUCCUUUCAAAGUUCGGUCAUCUUUUGAUAAAUCGAUUUAGAGAACGCGAGGACAACGUGAAAUGGGAUAUAAUGCAUGCAUAUUCUGCUCUCCUCUCGCAGUCUCAGAGUCUCUUUCGUAAUUUUGCUUCGAUCUCAUUGAAUGACGCGUGUAAAGAUGAGGAAUUAGGAACAUGUAUGGAUAAUGAUUCAAUACAAAUUGGUAACGUUGUUGUGCUAAAAAAUGCUGUCAAUGAAGAACAAAUUGCCGUACUGAGAAUUCUUGACUCUCAAAUUCCUUGCUUUAUCAAGUGUAUUACAAAACAGCUGAGCAGUAGUGCGCCUAAAACAAAACAGUGCUGUUUUAUGCUUCUAACGCAGUUCGUUCGAGCUUGUCCUGGUGCUUUAUCAAACUCACUUGGAUCUUUUAUACCUAGUAUUACGGCUGCAUUAACUGACCGAGCGAAUAAUACUCUGAAGAUCGAUACACUGGAAUUUUUGCACGCUACAUUUUCAACUCAUAAACCUGAGAUGCUUACUCCCUAUAUAUCUGCUUUAAUUCCUUUGAUUGUUAAUACUAUUGAAGAUCCAUUGUACAAAAUAACGUCAGGGGGAUUAACUACGGUGAUUUCUAUGUUAAAAACCUUCCGUCGUUUACCUUCUUAUCAGUUUAAUUUCGAUUAUCGCUCUUGUAUUCAUCAAGUUUCCCAAGCUGUUAUAAAAAAAGUUAAAGCAACGGACACAGAUCAGGAGGUGAAGGAAAAAUCUAUUAAUGCCGUAUCUUUGUUGAUUGCUUAUUUCGGUGAUAUCCUUCAAAAUGAUAUUGCAGUUUGCUUGCCAGUUCUUCUCGAUCGAUUCAAAAAUGAAAUGACUCGUCUCAUCACUCUUAAAGCAUUCAUAACUAUUGCCAAUAGUCCCUUAAAAGUUGACUUUUCAAGUAUCUACGGUGAAAUACUCUCAGUCUCUUCCGAACACCUGCGAAAAAAUUUACGACCGUUAAGGGUAGCGACUAUUAGCUUGUUAGACAUCUUAAUUCAAUCAUAUUCAUACGACGGAUUUGAUGAAAAAAUUAGCAAAACUGUAGCCGAAUUUCCAGCGCUAAUAAGCGAUUCUGACAUACAUAUCAGCCAGACAGCUUUAGUUUAUCUCACUCAUUUGGUUGACAAGUAUCCCCAGUUGAUCUCAGAGAGUCUUGCUGAAAUUAUUAAGGCUUUCGUGAUGUUUAUCCAAAGCCCGUUGCUACAGCCAACUUCGCUCCGUUCUGCAUUGAAUUUUAUUGAAAGUUUAGUUCGAAAUCCAGUCCCAAAUAAACCUGAUUUUGAAGCUUUGCUAGAUGAACUUUCCGCGCCUAUUUAUAACAUUUCUAAUUUGCAUUUACAAGCUUUUCAUAAUAUUUCUUCUUCUGUCGCAGCUGUCACAAAAGCUACAAAUAAUCUCUCAAAAUCUGUAAUGCUUACCGAAAAACUUGCGCAACAGCUUAAGGAUAAUGGAUCAAAUGAGGAAAUCCAACUCUUCUCUCUAUUAGCGCUUGGUGAAAUAGGACGAGUUUGUCCAAUAGUGUUUGAUCAGAUGCCAGAUUUCAAGCCAGAAGAAUUGUUAAUGGAUGCAUUCAAAUCGACAUCAGAAGAUAUGAAGACAGCAGCAUCAUAUGCUUUUGGGAGUUUGGCUAUCGGUAAUCUAGAAAAAUUUUUGCCAUUUCUUCUUAAUGAAAUCAAUUCACAACCAAAGCGACAGUAUCUCCUAUUGCAUUCUCUUAAAGAGGUAAUUGGCUCAGAAAGUGAUAAUCCCCGUGCUUUCGAAAUCUUUCGUCCACGAAUCGACCAAAUAUGGCCAGUCCUUAUGGAACAUGCUUUGAGUACAGAAGAAGGCACUCGUAACAUUGUUUCUGAAUGUCUUGGGAAAAUUUGUCUGAUUGAUCCUGAGUUACUUUUACCACGCUUGAAGGUAACAAAAACUGAUAAUUCUUAA